AUGUUGCAUCACCACUUGAGAAAAUCCUUGCUUGACUCCAAUAACACGACGGGCACUAGUGCCAACAACAACAAGGAGAAUAUUACACCUCUCAUUUCUAAAAAGGCUCAUCUUCUUCCAUCCUCCACCCAUCAGCCCCUCAAGAAGAAAAUCACACAACAACCUCCAUCGGAAGCUCCACUCAAGCCAAAACAAAAACUAUCCGAUGACCACAAUCGCCCACACCACAAAAGAACCUUUUCUGAAGCUCUCAAACCAACCACUAUUACUACCAACAACAACAACACUCAACAACGUCAUCACAGUUGUACAACAGUCCAUCGAUCUGGUGGCACAACCAGCCCUUCCAAGAAGCAAAUGAAAUUUUCUGUCUUUGAUGAUUCUGCUCACAAUGGUAACAACAGUAACAAUACAAACACUUUGAAACAGUUGAUCCCUUCUCAACAACCUUCAAAUGAAUCAUCAACAGCUCAACUUGUAAAUUUCGAUCUUGUCGAUGAAGAAACAGUGAUCGCUCCAUACAAACAACUGAUCACGCAAUUGCAGGAAGAAAUUCAAGUAUUACAAAACGAUAAAUCCUACUAUCAGUUACUUUAUCGAACGCUUGCAUCCGAGAAUGACAAGAACCCACCACAAGAUCAUACUCAGUCAAUGGAUGUAUUAAGAAAGCAAGUGUCAGCUCUCACCAAAACAUCCUCACUACUUCGAAAGCGUAUUUCCAUGUUAUCAAGAGAAAAACGAGAUUUACAAGAAGAAAUGCAACUUUUGAGAGAAGGUGAAAAAGUAUUGAGAGAAUUAAUACAACAAGAAUCUGAGAAGAAAAUCUCUCAACUUGAGUUUGAGAUUGAACUUUUGCAUCAGGAGACAAAUGAUUUGAAAAAGAAGCAUCAAAUGGAAAUGAAACAAGUGGAAGAACAACUGAAAGAGCAAUAUGAACAAGAAUUACUCGAAUUGAGAAAGAAGACUCAGCCUGGAAAUCGAGAUGAUGAUGACCUAAGAAUAAAGUUUUGA